AUGGCGGACUUCCUUGACAGAUGCCUCACAGUAGAGCCAGAUGAACGUGCAUCUGCUGAAGAGCUUUUGAAGCAUCCUUUUCUCAACCUUACAAAGCCACUGCGCUGCUUGCAUGCCCUGAUUGAGGCGGCGCGUCGCAAUCUCGGCAAACCGGUCUAA